AUUGGAGCUAAGAAAUCGUGUUCUCCAGUAUCAGUUCAUCAGCUUCUUCCUUAGAUCUCAUUUUAGACUGAUCAGACCACCUUUCUCGGGCCACCGUCCACGGCAGCUCCGGCAACCACGUUUUGUUCCCUAACUUUUUGUCUUUCUUUGUCUCAGGUUUUAUCAAGAAUGGAGUUGCCUUCAAAUAACUUGGAUCUUGGGCCUAGGCAGAUUGAACAAGAGAAAGACGAAGGUCCCUUGUUGCAUUGUGAUUUUUGUGACAUUGAAGUAGUUCACAAGCUGGCUCAAAUGUUCAUGCCAGCACUAGGCUGUGCCUGCGUUGAUAACACAACAGGAGAUCCCUUCAAUACCCCUGGUUUUGUGGCUGUUGAUUUGAGAAAGGAGAUGAUAGAAUUUGUCACCCAAAAGAGUGAAUUAUUUGUUGCUGAGUCUAUUAUCUCUGAGGAGGUUCCUGACGGUGAAGCUUUGGAACACCCUUUUGAUAUCAUUUGUUUUUUUGUUGACGAAUUUGUUAAUUCAAAGAGAAAUUUGUUGAGCCAGUUUUCAGGGUGGUUGCUAAGUGAUAAGAGAGAGGACAAAAUAGAUGAUUUUGUUCAGGAGAUGGAAAAAAAUGGUUUUUGGCCACUGGAUAGAAGAGAAACACUUGCCAAAGAUUUGCUCAAGAACGUUGACUUCAAAAGCUCAUUUCAUUGUGGUAUGAGUUUUAAAUCUGCAGAAGAUCUUGCCAACCAUGUUGAUGCUUGCAACUUCAGGUCUGUGGUAUGCCAAAAUGACGGGUGCAAUGAUAGAUUCAGUGCUGGUCAAUUGAAAGAGCAUGAUUCGACAUGUGAUUUCAAGAUAGUUCCAUGUGAACAAAAGUGCACAGCUAACAUCUUGCGACGAGACAUGGAUAGGCACUGCAUAACUGUUUGUCCAUUGAAGCUUGUGGAUUGCCCUUUCUCUGCCAUAGGUUGUAGAUCUACAAUUGGGCAAAGUAUGAUUAGAAAACAUUGUUCGGAUGAUGUUGAGUCUCACUUACUACUAAUACUUAAAGGCAUCCAUCAACAAGCAUCAGACAAAGAUCUUCAAAGACGUGUGGAGCAAAUUGUACAGACCUCAUCGAAAAGCAAAUUAGCAGAGGCUAAGGAUGUGAGAUCUUUUAAAAGUAUUGUCAAGGACCUUGAAGUUAAGCUAGGGUCUCUGCAAGUGAAUGCCAAGGAGAAAACUUGUGCAGAAGUUUCCAAAAAUGAAGACAGUGAAGACAAUAGAACUGGCUAAGCAAAGGGUGUCAAUAAAGAGGAUAGUGAACACACGGAAAAUGGAAAACAAGUAUAAUGCAUAACAUAAUCUUACAAUAUCCUAAUUCUCAAUAACAAGAGCAUGUUGUUACUGUAUAGCAUUUUAUUAAUUUUUCUAGUUUUGUUUGAGUUUUAGCAUGAUUCCUUAAUAUCACUUUUAGGAUGCGAUUCAUUAAUAUU